AUGAAUUAUUUCGGAUAUAUUGAAGAGGAAACAGAUACAUACAGCAUUUCCAAAAAUAUACUUUCAUCAUUAAAUCCGUAUUUUUUGCAGUCUCCUUAUAAAGUUUCCAUCAAUAUCACUGAUGUUCGCAAAGUAGAUGAUAAAAAAUACUUCAUUAUCAAGUUUUGCGGAAAUAAACUUCGAUCUUUAGAUGCCAUGACAAUACUCUCAAUAAUACACGAGAUAUGCGAAGGAACAGUUAGUAUCUCACAGAUUAUACAGCAAUUAAACCAAAAAAUUUCAUCAAAAGAUCACAAAAAUUUGAUUUUAUCAAAAUUUUUCUAUUUUGGGUCCUCAUAUACACUUCUCACAAAUGUUUGGAAGAAUCGAUACCAAACAACUGACAAUGACAUCGAUUUUCACUCUUAUACACCAUUGAUUAACCAAUGGCUGGCAGAGACAUUCGUUCCAUUCUGUUUAGAGUACUAG